UUCUUCCUUUGUUACACAAAAAUCUAAGGUAUUGCUGUGGGAAGAGCAAUCACCCAGUAUUAUAGAUGGACCGUAAGGGUAAGGCUAAAGCUUGUUUAGAGUGUACUCAGAAAUGCCUACUGGUUCACGGAAACAAGACAAGCUCAUCACCUCUCGUUUCCUCUUUUUUCAAAGUCAUGAUCGGAGAUCGUUAUUCUGAAGCUUUGUUCUUGCCUCCUAAAUUUGCUCCUAGAGUUUCUGAAUUGAUUGGUCAAAAAGUCCUUCUUGAGGAUUCAAUUGAGCAGAGAUGGGAAGUAACACUAUGCAAUCUGAGUGGUUCUUUUGCUUUUCGACAAGGAUGGAAUGCAUUUUCAUUGCACCACGGGCUAGAAAUUGGAGAUUUUGUUACAUUCCAUUAUAUCAUAGGAUCACACUUUGUUGUAAAGAUCUACACUAAAACUGGAUGCGAGAAGCUGGAUUUUCCUGACAGAAAUCAGAGGAGAAGAUCUAGGACUACAAGAAAGUAUUUUUCCAAAGAUGGUCAAUGCCACACAACUGACAGAGGUUCAAUGAACAAACAGGGUUCAAGCGCCUCUGUUAUUUCUGGGUCUGAUGUACAAAUUAGUCAAGGCCAACCUGAGGUGAAUGAUCUGGAAAAGGCAAUUUCCAAAUUUACUUCCGAUUGUGGGAACUGCAAAGAAAGGCCUCAAGCUCUACCGAAAUCAGAAUACCUUGAAGAACCAUAUUACAUAAUUGAUAGAGAUUUGAGAGACAUACAAGGAGAAGACAGAGGCCCUCUAUUUGAUCUGUCCUGCUUUGAGAUGUUGGGAAACAACUGUAGUGCUGAUAAAAGCAACAAAAUCACAAACGGAGAUGAAAGACAUCCUUAUUGUGCUGAUAUAUCAUUGAAAUCUCAAAUUGAAGAUGUCUUAGUUAAAAAAGAUCCAGUAGAUAAAAUGGUAGUGGACAGGGUUGUGGCUUCUGAUGCAUCUGACUUUGGUCUGAUGGAGAAUAAUAAUGAUUUUCAAAAGAUGGAUAAAAAAGAAACUGUUUCUAAAAAAAUUUGUUGCAACAGCAAGAUUCCUGGGCAUCUCUCAUCUGCAACUGCCGUUGAACCCAAAAAAAAUGCAAGGAACAGGUCUAAUAGGUUAAAUGGACCGUUCACAAGAUGUCACAUUGCUGAGGAAGGGAGCAAAGCCCAAUCCAGAUCACAUGCAGAAAUCGGUCAGGUAAUGGCAUCCCAUAAGUAUGAAGGUGGCCAGUUGAAAUUUGCUGGAAAUUUCAAGGAGUCCAGGAUUCCAGUUUCCACCAGAAUUCAGAAUUGCCAAUUGGGGGGCAGACUGAAUAUUGUUAAAAAAGAGCCAAUAGAGAUGACUCCAGAAUUCUGCACUGAUGGAGAGAAAAUUCAAGACAUAUACGGGAAGUUGCCACAGGUCGUCAAGGUGGAGAAUGGCCAGAGUUCUGAUGUCAUGGUAAAAGAAAAUCCAAUUCAACUGGUGAAAAGUGAAACCCUGGAUUUAGUUCCUAUUUCUUCAUCACCUGCAACAAGUAUCUCUUGUGAAAUAAUAGCAUCUGCCAAUCAACCUUAUCUUGAGUUGCCGACACGCUUGCCAACAUCUUUAACGCAAGGAAUUAAAAAGGAAGGGUAGGUGGUGGUUCUCCAGGAUCCAGCUGGGAGAAUGUGGCCAGUUCUCUACCAAGAAAUAUGUGAGUUUAAAAUUCUGUCAAGUGGCUGGGAAAAUUUUAGCAAGGCAAAUAAUAUUAAACCGGGAGAUAAGUGUGUUUUUGAACUUGAAAGCAAGCAUGAGAGCAUAUAUGGAGUCAAUAUUGUUAGAAAGUAAAAUGAGCUCUGCAAUUUUCAAGUGGAUGUUUUAAAUCACACAUCUGUUUUUUGUGUAUGUAUAGAUGUGAAAAUUGUAAGAUCAGUAUCCUCAGG